AGCUUCCCGCUCUGUUCGCGUCUCCGACUGAAGCUCCGGCUCGCGGUGGCCUCGCGCGGACCUAGCUUGUUUCAAACGGAAGUGCCUCUCUGUUUCCGGCUGAUCCGAGGACAGCAGCGAUGGCUCUGGAGCAGCUCAGUGAUGUGGUCCAGAGAUGUCAGGCACUCCCGGGUGACGGCUACAGCUCGGAGGAGCACGACGUCUUCACCACGGCUGGACGGACCUGCAUCGAGGAGGGCCAUAGUCCACAGGUCCUCAGCAUCGUGCUGGAUGAGAAGAAUCAGAACCUGAUCAGGAGUUUGGGCUGGAACCUGCUGCCUCCACUGAUUCAAGUGCUGCUGAAGAAAGAAGACAAGAACCUUCCUCAGUGUCUGGCCAUGUUCAACCACCUGAUGGAGACCUGCCGGCCCAAAGAGCUUCUGAUUGGUCUGCUGGAGCAGCUGGAACACGAUGAUCCUGACGGCAUAGCCAACCGUCUCCAUCUCCUGCUCGGCCCGUUACAGAAAGUGCUGCUGUCCCUGGGCAGCCGAAAGGCCUCUUUCUUGGGUAUGACCCUGUCCUCUGUCCUGGACCAGCUGGCCAAGCUGCCCGUCCCUGGCACCAAGGAGCAGGAGGAGGAUGCCAUCUUCUCUCUGUGCCGCUGCUGCGCCGAGCUGAUGGACUUUGUGAGGCCGUUUGUUCUGGAGGCCAGGCAGAGCGGCAGAGCUCGGGGCGACUCCUGCAAGUCGCUGGGGGGCCUGGGCGGGGACAGCGAGGACGAGCUGCAGACAGAACUUCUGAAGUUCUGUAUGAAGGCGCUGAGUCAGCCGCUGCUGGAGGUGCAGCUCCAGGACCCCGACACGCUGCCUCUGUCUCCCCUCAGGGCCUUCGCCACAGAGAUCCUGGAUAUCGUCAGUGCGAUCGGAGAGUCCCUCCCAGCUCUCGUGUUCCUCCCUCUGCUGAAGAGGAAGCAGGUUCCAGGCUUCCUGGAGGAGGAGGUGCGAUACCCUAAGACCUCUCUAGCCAGCCUGGCUCACCUGGUGUUCGUGCAUCACCUGGCGGCAGACACCUUCCCCAGUGUUUUCAGCCCGGUGUUUUGUCUGCGUGGAAACCUGGAGCACGUUUCUCUCCUCCUGUCCAGAACCGAAGACCUCGGGCUUCAAAAGGGACUGGAGCUGUAUGAGAAGAGCCUGGUGUGUGUGGAGAACAACAGUCUAGCAGCUGAUCUGCUGGAGAUUAAAACCUUUCUCACAGUCCCUCAGGAUCUAAUAAAGGUCAUGACCCUGUGUCCUACAGACGUUCUGAGGACUAAAGGACUGAAGGUGUUCCAGCUGAGCAUCGAUAAGUUUGACGCCGAGGCCAAGUACAGGUUCUUCCAGUACCUGCUCAGGACCAGUCAUCACUCAGGAGUUGAAGGUUACGUCAUUAAAAACAUCAAGAAUCAGAUCGACUCAGCCCUGCAGCCAGGUAAGGAGAACGCCUGGUUUCAGGGGACCCACCUGAUGCCUUUGCUACGGAAAGUCUUCAGUCUUCCAGACGGGCCAGAGACGGACCUGCUGCAGUACAUGGACAGAGUCAUGGAGUCUCUGAACCUGCUGCGCUACCUGGUCAUCCGAGAUAAGGUCACAGAAAACCAGACGGGCAUCUGGACUGAGCUGUAUAAGAUAGAAGACACCUUCAUGAAACCUCUACGCGUGGGGCUGAACAUGUCCAGAGCCCACUAUGAGAGGGAGCUUCAGGAUACCCGGGAGGGCAAGAAGAAGGCCAAAGACCGCUCGGUUCUGUCGGUCUCUGUCGGAGAGGAGAAGCUUCCCCGCAUGACGCCGGACUCUCAGAUUCAGGCGCUGCACUCUGCCCUCCACACCUUCGACAUGAUUGAGAGUGUGUUGGUGCGCGUCGAGGAGCUCACCGAGGUGAAGGACGGCGUGUAGACCACCAGAGGACCUGCAGCUUGUGGCGCUGCGUACUUUUCAGGUUUAUGAUGAGAAAUGUUGCCUCCUGUGAUAUAAAAUAAACAUCUGACUCAAAUCACAACUUUAUUACCACCAAACAAA